UUGUGAAAUAAAUGGCUCAAUUAAUUAUGAUGCACGUGAUAGCGGGUGAGCUACCUUACCUAGGACCGUCAUUGCUUAUCUUAUCAAGGAGAUGCUUUCGCCCGAACGUACCUUACUUCGUGCUUGCCUACCUCAUGAAUCAACGGCUCGGGAGCCCACGAGACGACAGAUACCAUCAUCAAACCCUAGGCACGUCUUAGUACUAACCCAGCACCAAAACACGCGCCUCAAGAGAACCUCCUCUUAUUGUCUCGCCAAAUCAUUUCAUCAUGUCCACCGCUGCCCGUCGUCGUUUGAUGCGUGACUUCAAGCGCAUGCAAACUGAUCCUCCUGCUGGUGUCUCUGCAUCUCCAGUUCCCGAUAACGUGAUGACUUGGAACGCUGUCAUUAUAGGGCCAGCCGACACGCCCUUCGAGGAUGGCACAUUCAGAUUGGUGAUGCAUUUUGAGGAACAAUACCCCAACAAGCCACCAGCCGUCAAGUUCAUUAGCCAGAUGUUCCACCCCAAUGUCUAUGCCACCGGAGAGCUCUGCCUGGAUAUUCUACAGAACCGCUGGAGCCCGACGUAUGAUGUUGCUGCCAUCUUGACGAGCAUCCAGAGCCUCCUUAACGAUCCCAAUACCGGCUCUCCCGCAAACGUCGAGGCAUCUAAUCUAUACAAAGACAAUCGGAAGGAGUACACCAAGAGGGUUCGGGAGACAGUUGAGAAGAGCUGGGAUGACUAAGUGACUCUCCGCGGAGCAUCGUGAUCAACACAAAUCACCGUACCAUGGAUCACCGUCCCGACGACUCACCGGCAAGGGCUGUAUACGCA